UGUAGUAGACCACAGUGGUUGGCUGCACAGGGGCACAGGCUGUUCCGGAAGCGGCCAGUCUCAGAGAUUCUGGCGGGAGAGGAGGGAGGGGAGAGGCCAAGUCCCGGGCCGCUAGGGAGCGGCGCUGCCCCAGGGCCGAGGGUGGAGCUUUCCCAGUCGGCCGGGAAAGGGCUGGGCCCGGCCUACAUGUGAGGGCAGGAGAGAGCGACGGCGGACUCUUUCCUGCGGAGUCCGGGUGGUGGACACGGCCAGACCGAUUCCCGGGACUCCGAGCGGCGGAUCACUGGAUGCCCCAGAUUCUCGGGACCCAAUCCCCACUCAGAUCUUCAGGACCUUUGGUCGGAGCCUGGCUUUGGCCCUGGGCUCCAGAUUCCCGGAACAGGGCCUCUGACGGACUCUGGGUUUCCAGAUUUCGUAGGAGAUUCCCAAUCCUGAGAUCCCUGGAUCCGUAGCCACUGGCUCUUGCCCCGCCCCGGGUGCCCAGAGCCGGGCGCCUGACACCGGAGCGCCCCCGCAUGGCAGGGCCGUGCCAGCGGUCUGGAGCCCUGGAGCGCGCCGGCAGCUGCUGGCAGGACCCGCUCGCCGAGGCGCUGAGCCGGGGCCGGCCCCCACCGCGCCCCGCCGGCCGGGGCUGCGCGCGAAGCCGGCCGCUCAGCGUGGUUUAUGUGCUGACCCGGGAGCCGCAGCCCGGGGUGGAGCCCGAGGCUGGAGCCGAGGCGGAGCCGCUGCCCCUGCGCUGCCUGCGCGAGGCCUGCGCGCAGCUCCCCGGGCCGCGACCGCGACCUCAGCUGCGCAGCCUACCCUUCGGGACGCUGGCGUUGGGAGACACCGCGGCGCUGGAUUCCUUCUACAACGCGGAUGUGGUGGUGCUGGAGGUGAGCAGCUCCCUGGCACAGCCCUCCCUGUUCUACCACCUCGGCGUGCGUGAGAGCUUCAGCAUGACCAACAACGUGCUCCUCUGCUCCCAGGCUGACCUCCCUGACCUGCAGGCCCUUCGGGAGGAUGUUUUCCAGAAGAACUCGGAUUGUGUUGGCAGCUACACACUGAUCCCCUAUGUGGUGACAGCCACGGGUCGGGUGCUGUGCGGUGAUGCAGGCCUCCUGAGGGGCCUGGCUGAUGGGCUGGUACAGGCCGGGGUGGGCACGGAGGCCCUGCUAACACCCCUGGUGGGCCGGCUCGCCCGCCUGCUGGAGGCCACGCCCACGGACUCUUGUGGCUACUUCCGGGAGACCAUUCGGCAGGACAUCCGGCAGGCCCGGGAGCGGUUCUGCGGGCAGCAGCUGCGGCAGGAGCUGGCUCGCCUGCAGCGGAGACUGGACAGCGUGGAGCUGCUGAGCCCCGACAUCAUCAUGAACCUGCUGCUCUCCUACCGCGAUGUGCAGGACUACUCAGCCAUCAUCGAGUUGGUGGAGACGCUGCAGGCCUUGCCCACCUGUGACGUGGCCCAGCAGCACAACGUCUGCUUCCACUACACGUUCGCCCUCAACCGGAGGAACAGGCCUGGGGACCGGGAGAAGGCCCUGGCUGUGCUUCUGCCGCUGGUACAGUGUGAGGGCUCCGUGGCACCUGACCUGUACUGCAUGUGCGGCCGUGUCUACAAGGACAUGUUCUUCAGCUCUGGCUUCCAGGACGCUGGGCACCGGGAGCAAGCCUAUCACUGGUAUCGCAAGGCCUUUGAUGUGGAGCCCAGCCUCCACUCGGGCAUCAACGCAGCUGUGCUGCUCAUCGCUGCUGGGCAGCGCUUUGAGGACUCUGAGGAGCUCCAGCUCAUAGGCAUGAAGCUGGGCUGCCUGCUGGCCCGAAAAGGCUGUGUGGAAAAGAUGCAGUAUUACUGGGAUGUAGGCUUCUACCUGGGAGCUCAGAUCCUCGCCAAUGACCUCGCCCAGGUGGCGCUGGCUGCAGAGCAGCUGUACAAGCUCAAUGCUCCCAUAUGGUACCUGGUGUCCAUGAUGGAAACCUUCCUGCUGUACCAACACUUCAGACCCACGCUAGAGCCUCUUGAAGGACCCCCGCACCGUGCCCACUUUUGGCUCCGCUUUUUGCUACAGUCCUGUCAGCCACUCAAGACGGCUUGUCCCCAAGGGGACCAGUGCUUGGUGCUGGUCCUGGAGAUGAACAAGGUGCUGCUGCCUGCGAGGCUCGAGAUUCAGGGUGCUGACCCGGUGAGCGCAGUGACCCUGAGCCUGCUGGAGCCCGAAACCGAGGACAUUCCAUCCAGCUGGACCUUCCCAGUGGCCUCCAUCUGCGGGGUCAGCACCUCGAAGAGGGACGAGCGCUGCUGCUUCCUCUACGCGCUCCCACCGGCUCAGGACGUGCAGCUGUGCUUCCCCAGCGUAGGGCACUGCCAGUGGUUCUGCAGCCUGAUCCAAGCCGUGGUGACGAAUCCGGAUUCCACGGUGCCCACAGAGGAGGCGGAGGGCGUGGGGGAGGUGCUGGAGUUCGAUUACGAGUACACGGAGACCGGCGAGCGGCUGGUGCUGGGCAAGGGCACCUAUGGGGCGGUGUACGCGGGCCGCGAGCGCCACACACGGGUGCGCAUAGCCAUUAAGGAGAUCCCGGAGCGGGACAGCAGGUUCUCUCAACCCCUGCAUGAAGAGAUCGCGCUGCACAAACGCCUUCGCCACAAGAACAUUGUGCGCUAUCUGGGCUCCGCCAGCCAGGGCGGCUACCUCAAGAUCUUCAUGGAGGAAGUGCCCGGAGGCAGCCUGUCCUCCUUGCUGCGGUCAGUGUGGGGACCCCUGCAGGACAACGAGAGCACCAUCAGUUUCUACACCCGCCAGAUCCUGCAGGGACUCAGCUACCUGCAUGACAACCGCAUUGUGCAUCGAGACAUCAAGGGGGACAACGUACUGAUCAACACCUUCAGUGGGCUGCUCAAGAUUUCUGAUUUCGGCACGUCCAAGAGGCUGGCAGGCAUCACACCCUGCACUGAGACCUUCACAGGGACCCUACAGUAUAUGGCCCCAGAAAUCAUUGACCAGGGCCCACGAGGGUAUGGGAAGGCAGCUGACAUCUGGUCACUGGGCUGCACUGUUAUCGAGAUGGCCACAGGUCGCCCACCCUUCCAUGAGCUAGGGAGCCCGCAAGCCGCCAUGUUUCAGGUGGGCAUGUACAAGGUGCAUCCGCCAAUGCCCACUUCUCUGUCAGCGGAGGCCCAAACCUUCCUUCUCCGAACUUUUGAGCCAGACCCCCGUCUCCGAGCCAGUGCUCAGGCACUGCUGGGGGACCCCUUCCUGCAGCCUGGGAAGAGGAGCCGCAGCCCUGGCUCCCCCAGACCCGCACCGCGGCCCUCAGAUGCCCCUUCAGCCAGCCCCACUCCUUCGGCCGACUCGACCACCCAGUCCCAGACAUUCCCGUGCCCGCAGGCACCCUUUCAGCAUCCACCCAGUCCGCCCAAGCGCUGCCUCAGUUAUGGAGACACCAGCCAGCUCCGGGUGCCUGAGGAACCCGGGGCGGAGGAGCCCACGUCCCCCGAGGAGAGUUCUGGGCUGAGCCUGCUGCACCAGGAGAGCAAGCGCAGGGCCAUGCUGGCCUCGGUGCUGGAGCAGGAGCUGCCCACGCUGGCGGAGAAUCUGCGCCUGAAGCAGGAACAGGGUCCCCGUCUGGGCAGGAAUCAUGUGGAACAGCUGCUGCGCUGCCUCGCCGCGCACAUCCACACGCCCAACCGUCGGCAGCUGGCCCAGGAGCUGCGGGCGCUGCAAGGGCAGCUGCGGGCGCAAGGCCUCGGGCCGGCGCUUCUGCAUGGACCGCUCUUCGCUUUCCCGGAUGCGGUGAAGCAGAUCCUCCGCAGGCGCCAUAUCCGCCCACACUGGAUGUUCGUACUGGACUCGCUGCUCAGCCGAGCUGUACGGGUAGCCCUGGCUGUCUUGGGCCCAGGAGGGCCGAAUGGAGCUGGUCGGCGGGCCAGCGAGGAGGUGGAGACGGAGGCGGUCCCACCGAGGUCAGAGGAGUCAAGUAAAGAAGAGGAACCCCAGUCCAAGCAGCAGGAAACCUUGGUCAAGUUGAGCCGGCUCCCUGGGGAACCAGAGCAGGGAUCCCCGCCCCUGAUGGUGCAGCUGAGCCUCUUGCGAGCAGAAACUGACAGGCUUCGAGAUGUCCUGGCUGAGAAGGAGCGGGAGUGCCAGGCCCUGGUGCAACAAGCUCUACAGCAGGUCAGCGGGAAGGCAGGGAUCUUUGCCCUGGCCUCCGAGCCCCCAGCUGCUCUCACAGUGGAUCAGGGCCUGGUGCAGUGGCUACAGGAACUGAAUGUGGAUUCAGGCACCAUCCAGAUGCUGCUGAACCACAGUUUCACCCUCCAUACCCUAUUGACCUGUGCCACUCGAGAUGACCUCAUCUACACCCGCAUCAGGGGAGGGAUGGUAUGCCGCAUCUGGAGAGCCAUCUUGGCACAGCGAGCAGGAUCCACGCCGGUUACCCCUGGCCCCCAAGAGGCUGAAUGAGAGCUCAGAGACAAGAGGCUAGACCCAAGGAUGGAUGAAUGGAGAAGACACGAGAAGCUUCUGAUAUACCUGCCCCAGGACUCAGGGUCAACUGGAGGAGGCCAGGUGGAUGGGGGGCAGGGUAGGGCCCAGGCCCAGCCCCAGUGGGCAGAAUCAACCAUAGAGAUGCCCCAAGCAUAUCAAGUACCGCCAGGCAAAGACUAUUAAACAGAACACCUUUGUA